AUUAUUAUCAUUAAAAAUGUCACUCAUAGUUUAUGGUACAAAGUUAAUGAAGUAGAUAUUAUUUACUAAUUCUAGCCUUUAUUGUGUGUUCCAAAUCACUUGGAAGACCUAAUAAGCUUUCAAAAAUUCGAAUUCAGAAUUCGAGGAUACUUUAUUAAUCAAAUGGUAAUGUUGUAGAGAUUAUUCAGGGUGCUCCUUUACUCCUUCAUCGAAUUAGAAUGGAUGUUUACUUUAUUAUUAGAAUUGAUCCCCUUUGGUUUUAUAGUUCCAUUUAUCAUCAAAGGAUAUAUAAUCUUACCUCACUCAAGAUGGCAUAAUAUCGUUUAUAAAUUCAUCCAAAACUUGGAAAUGGAUGAAUAUACAAACAACUUUUUCAUUUACUUUACAAAAUUAAUGAGAUACAUCCUGAUUCCUUGUUUAAGCGUAUGUGUUUAUUUUAGUCUUAAGGUAGUGGAGAAUUGCAUAGAUUUAGUAAGAGCUGAUGAAUUAGAGGCUUUGGAGUUGAAAGUUAUCAGGAUAAAGGAGAAAAUCCUCAAUAAAAUUUAAUCUGUAUAAAUGAACAAAUAGAAACACAGAUCAAGAAAUUCAGAGACCAUAGAGCACAACAAUAAGAAUAAAUAACUUAUGAGCGUACUAGCCAAGGUCUAAGACAAUCAUUAAUUUAAAGACUAUAAUUUGAUAUUCAAUCCUUUGGAUAAUGAAAUCCAAUUCAUUGAUCCUAUGAGUAUGGAAUGCAUUCAUAAAAGUAAAAUCUUUAAGAUUGAAUCUAGGGAAUCUCAUACUCAUUAGUAUUAGUGAUGAUUUUUCAUUGAAAGCUACGUAUGAAGAUGGAGAUGGUAAUUUGGAAAGCAUUAAACUGCAUAAUAGCGAGGAUAUUAAUAAGUGGUUAAUACCAGUUCUUGAAAUUUUGAUUUAAUAAAAUUAAGAUGAAUGA